GUAUAUAAUGGUGAUUUUGGUGACCUAAAUUUUAUCAUUCAGGAAGUUUGCUAAAUACGUUAACUAUACGCUGUAAUAGUUUUACUUUGGUCAACAGGUGUAGGUGUCUUUAGUUAUCGUAAACAGUAAAGGUUUCAGAACGCACUGAGGAUAUUAACUAAGAGCUUAUGGUAUGGAGAGCGAAGACAUUGACCUCUUCAGCUAUGACAAUGUUAAAGGGAGCGAGGCUUAUCCAAAAAAGCUGGUUCAGACUGACGAUCCUGCUGUCACAGUGCCCUUCCCAACUCUCACUGGGGAAGGCAUAGAGUAUUUGGGCUAUACAACCGAAGGAACCAUUGCUUUAUCCAGCUACAGAAUUUUUGUGCACACCAAAGAAUCUGUCUUCAACAUCCCUAUUGGACUGAUUGAACAGGUUGAAAUUCGAGAUAUAUUCUUCCUCAUCAUUUUCUGUAAGGAUGCUCGUUCUUUAAGGUGUACUUUUGGAACAAACGAAGACUGUCAGAAGUGGUAUCGCCGCCUUUUGAGUGCUAUAUCCCCUCCCAAGAAGGUUACAGAUCUGUUUGGAUUUGCUUUUUUCUUGUGGUGUCGAGAUGAGAGGCAGGACAGUAUCUUCCAACUGCUGCAUCAAG